GAAAUUUUCCCCAAACCAGGUAACAUCCUGGUCCGUCAUGCAAAUCCAGACAAGGACAUUUUCCAUGAAUGGACCAGAGGUUGUCUGGUGAAGUUUAACUGCAUUUGCCUCUGAAAACUUUAGUUUUUGAUCUGGAGGCUUUAACUCUGUCAACAUGUUGCCGUCUGUGUUGCUGCUGCUGUUAAUCAGAGGAGCUCAGGCUGCUUAUUAUGGUGCAGUCUUUACCUACGCCGUUGGAAACCUUCAGCCAGGUGGAUAUCCAGCAGUCAAAGACUUUAAAGCGAGCUUCAGCUCAUGUGAAGAGUUCGACUCUCGGGUUUGUUAUGGAGACUGUAGUGAGAUGCCAGUUUAUCCAGUCGAUGAAAUCAGAGGUGAAUGGUGUCAGAAGGGAUACACUUGGAGUUACUACCCUUCAUAUCUGGGUGUAAACAAUGGAGAGUUUGAUGCUACAAACUGGAUAGGAAACAGAAACGGGAUUGAAACGUCAAAAGCAGUUUUGCACUUUGACUAUAGAAAACGUUCUGACAUCAACAAACCAAACUCAUCACCCCAAACCGCCAUCAUCCCCAUGUUCAGAGUUCCUUCAAACUGUCAGAGAAACAUCAACUUGUCGGUCUCUGACCCAGAUGGAGACGACGUUCGAUGCAGAUAUGCAGCUGAUCCAGAGUGUUUCACCUGCACACCUCCGCCUGUCCUCAACAUUUCAUCAUCUUGUUCUCUGUCAUUCAGUCCCACUAACAGCAGCGCUGAAGGUCCGUAUGCGGUUCAGAUGGUGGUGGAGGAUUUUCCCAGACAAACCAUCACUCUGACUGAUAGCUUUGGUGUUCAGUCGGUGAAAACUACCAGCGCUGCCAUCAGCAGAAUCCCUGUCCAGUUUGUUUUCAGAGUGGAUCCUGCAGCUCCGUCCUGCACAGAAGGUGAAUAUCUGCCCAGGUUUCUGCCUCCAACUCCUGAACAUGGAGCUCAGAUCCUCACCAACUUUAACCAGGCUCUGAAAAUCAGCAUCAGAGCUGAAGCAACCCAGGCUGAGAUCUCUGAGCUCCUGUUCAGCGGACCGCCCCGUUUAGCCAAGAGUUCAUCUGGAUCAGGAAACUUCACCCUGACAUGGACACCACCUGCCAGUGACGGAGGACUGAAACAAACUAUCUGCUUUGUUAUCCAGGCAAAUUCCUCCGGCUCUGUGUACCAGUCUGACCUUCGAUGCGUCUUUGUGACGACUGGAAACACGCCUGUUCCCCCUCCAACUACGGCUGCACCCACAUCACCACCACCACCCAGUUAUAGACUCAUGUCUAGUUUAACAACCCAACCUUCAGUUACCCCUCCACCAACAACAACUACACUCACAACUACAACCAGCCAACUCACCACAACUACAUCUCCACCACCAACAACUACACUCACAACUACAACUACACCUCCACCAACUGCAACUUCGGUCACAACUACAACCAGCCAAACCACCACAUCUCCACCAACUACAACUCUCACAACUGCAACUACACCAACUGCAACUUCGGUCACAACUACAACCAGCCAACCCACCACAACUACACCUCCACCACCAACAACUACAACUACACCUCCACCAACUGCAACUUCGGUCACAACUACAACCAGCCAACCCACCACAACUACAUCUCCACCACCAACAACUACACUCACAACCACAACUACACCCCCACCACCAACAACUACACUCACAACUACAACUACACCUCCACCAACUGCAACUUCGGUCACAACUACAACCAGCCAACCCACCACAACUACAUCUCCACCACCAACAACUACACUCACAACUACAACUACAACUACACCUCCACCACCAACAACUACACUCACAACUACACCUCCACCAACUGCAACUUCGGUCACAACUACAACCAGCCAACCCACCACAACUACAUCUCCACCACCAACAACUACACUCACAACUACAACUACACCUCCACCACCAACAACUACACUCACAACUACAACUACACAUCCACCAACUGCAACUUCGGUCACAACUACAACCAGCCAACCCACCACAACUACAUCUCCACCACCAACGACUACACUCACAACUACAACUACAUCUCCACCACCAACAACUACACUCACAACUACAACUACACCUCCACCAACUGCAACUUCGGUCACAACUACAACCAGCCAACCCACCACAACUACAUCUCCACCACCAACGACUACACUCACAACUACAACUACACCUCCACCAACUGCAACUUCGGUCACAACUACAACCAGCCAAACCACCACAUCUCCACCAACUACAACUCUCACAACUGCAACUACACCAACUGCAACUUUGGUCACAACUACAACCAGCCAACCCACCACAACUACACCUCCACCACCAACAACUACAACUACACCUCCACCAACUGCAACUUCGGUCACAACUACAACCAGCCAACCCACCACAACUACAUCUCCACCACCAACAACUACACUCACAACUACAACUACACUCACAACUACAACUACACCUCCACCACCAACAACUACACUCACAACUACAACUACACCUCCACCAACGGCAACUUCGGUCACAACUACAACCAGCCAACCCACCACAACUACAUCUCCACCACCAACAACUACACUCACAACCACAACUACACCUCCACCACCAACAACUACACUCACAACUACAACUACACCUCCACCAACUGCAACUACACCUCCACCACCAACAACUACACUCACAACUACAACUACACCUCCACCAACGGCAACUUCGGUCACAACUACAACCAGCCAACCCACCACAACUACAUCUCCACCACCAACAACUACACUCACAACCACAACUACACCCCCACCACCAACAACUACACUCACAACUACAACUACACCUCCACCAACUGCAACUUCGGUCACAACUACAACCAGCCAACCCACCACAACUACAUCUCCACCACCAACAACUACACUCACAACUACAACUACAUCUCCACCAACUACAACUACAACCAGCCAACUCACCACAAACCACCACAACUACACCUCCACCUACUACAUCUACGACUAUGCUCACUCCUACUACCAGUCUACUCCACCAACUGCACCCCCAAUUACAACCAGCCAAACCACCACAUCUCCACCAACUACAGCUCUCACAACUGCAACUACACUCACAACUACAACUACACCAACUGCAACUUCGGUCACAACUACAACCAGCCAACCCACCACAACUACAUCUCCACCACCAACAACUACACUCACAACUACAACUACAACUACACCUCCACCACCAACAACUACACUCACAACUACACCUCCACCAACUGCAACUUCGGUCACAACUACAACCAGCCAACCCACCACAACUACAUCUCCACCACCAACAACUACACUCACAACUACAACUACACCUCCACCACCAACAACUACACUCACAACUACAACUACACAUCCACCAACUGCAACUUCGGUCUCAACUACAACCAGCCAACCCACCACAACUACAUCUCCACCACCAACAACUACACUCACAACUACAACUACAUCUCCACCACCAACAACUACACUCACAACUACAACUACACCUCCACCAACUGCAACUUCGGUCUCAACUACAACCAGCCAACCCACCACAACUACAUCUCCACCGCCAACGACUACACUCACAACUACAACUACACCUCCACCAACUGCAACUUCGGUCACAACUACAACCAGCCAAACCACCACAUCUCCACCAACUACAACUCUCACAACUGCAACUACACCAACUGCAACUUCGGUCACAACUACAACCAGCCAACCCACCACAACUACACCUCCACCACCAACAACUACAACUACACCUCCACCAACUGCAACUUCGGUCACAACUACAACCAGCCAACCCACCACAACUACAUCUCCACCACCAACAACUACACUCACAACUACAACUACAUCUCCACCACCAACAACUACACUCACAACUACAACUACACCUCCACCACCAACGACUACACUCACAACUACAACUACACCUCCACCAACUGCAACUUCGGUCACAACUACAACCAGCCAACUCACCACAAACCACCACAACUACACCUCCACCUACUACAUCUAUGACUAUGCUCACUCCUACUACCAGUCUACUCCACCAACUACAACCAGCCAAACCACAACAACAACUACACUUCCUGGAACCUCCAUCACAACCUCAGCGCUGGACGCAGGACCAUAUUAUGUUUUGGCUCUAAAUGCAAAGAUCUCCACUACACUGUCAAUGGAGACUGACUCUGGAACCAUCAUAAACCUGAUCAAAGAUGAGCUGAUAAGACAAGGACUGCCGUCAGACAUAAUUGUGGAGCUGCUCAGCAGUGGAGCAGUAAAAUUUACAACAGUCGCCCCCUAGUGGCUAAACAUGAGAAUGAAUUUGAUCCUGAAAUGUGACUUUAUAUCUCUCGUUUUUCUUUAAUCUCUCAUUUGCAUCAUGGAGUUAUAGUUAUUUGAAUCAAUGAAAAUGAAAGUUUAUAAUUCUUUUUGUUGAAUGUGAACAAAGACUGUAAAGCUAGAAUACUCUGAUAGAAAUUGUUCACCAAUUGAUGCAAGCAAUAAAAUGUCCCUUGGCCUAAUAAUA